AUGAAAUAAUUGGAUGGUAUGUUAAGUUCAAUUUUACUGUUUUACUGAGUUUGUUUGCAGUUCAUUCUUGAGGUUGUUCCGUCUGAGCUGUAAAAAGAGACUUUGAAUAUGUAACUAAUAUGUAUCUAAAUAUCUAUCAAAGUCAAUGUGUGUUUUAUAUAAUCUGAAAAAACUGCAAAUCAUAAUUAGGGUCUGUAGAUAGAGUGGGUUCUUAAACCUUAAGAUUGGAGGCCUUUCUGAUCUUUGCUGUGUCCCUGAACAUGACUCUUGAACAGACUGCUCUUGAAUUGAUAUUUUGUGUGAUGGGGGAAAGACACUGCAGAUAAAUAUGUUGCAUGAAUGAGUGAGUGAAUAGGUACUUUGAGCAGUCAUAAAAACAAGGUACAAGGUAAGUACAAGCAACGUAUUAUAAAUUUAUGUUCGCUGUGUUCGCUGUGAUUCAAACCACAGCAGACACCAUCUCCUGUCUCCUUAUCGUUAGGUUUGGUGAAAAAUGUUGACAGCAGGCCAAAACAGGAUGUGCCUCCAUCUUGCUCUAGGAUCAUAAUGAAGCCAGUGCUAUAGUAGAUAAAUCUUCUCCAUAGCAACUGUUUCCGUUGCUAGGAUACAGAAUGUAUGGAAUGCAUGGAUGACUUGAAAGUUGUACUCUCCAGAGUCUGGACUGUUUCCUUGCCUUCACUGGGCAGAGGCAACUCCUUGUGUAUGUGUGUCACUAGACCAAGUUCAGCUGACGGUGUUGAGGUCACAAAGGCAAAGGCAUUUUUCUUGACUUACCUCAUUCUAUUAUUAAAAAUUGACCACCUCCCACCAUCCUGGCCCCUUUCCUCCCCUCCUUUUUGCCAUACUCAUUUUCACCCCUACCCUGCCCAUCCUCCCAUACAACAGAGGGUAGUUGGCACCAGUAUAGAGCGUCAGCCUCCUCCGACGACUCGUGCCUGACUCUCUGCCAAUCUUAGUGAAGCCAGGAAGCAGAAUAGUGAAAGGGAGGGAAAAGGGAUAGAAAGAGAGAGAGAGAGAGAAAAUGGAUUUUUGGAAGCAAAUAAGCAGAGAAGCCUGGAAAUCUUCCCUCCAUCACCAGUUCUGGCAUCCAGGGAUAGUACAUCUCCCGUGUCUCUGCCCGAGGGGGCAGCAGGACUUGGACUUCGAGUGUUUGGACCAUCAUGCAGUCAGUGGAAAUGCCACUGUGGAGCCUUUUCCAGAUGGCACAGAGAUCAUCAUGUUUGGUAUGGGCUGUUUCUGGGCAGCAGAGAGACUUUUCUGGCGUCUUUCCGGUGUCUUUUCCACACAAGUUGGCUUUGCUGGCGGCUUAACACCCAACCCCAACUACCAGGAGGUUUGCUCAGGUCUCACUGGACACACUGAAGUGGUGAGGGUGGUCUUCUCUCCUAAAGACAUAAGCCUUGAAGAACUGCUUAAAUGCUUUUGGGAAAACCACGAUCCCACACAAGGUAUGAGGCAAAUGAACGACCGUGGCACACAGUAUCGUUCAGCCAUUUACACAUCAAACUCCACCCAGCUGGAGCUUGCAGUGAAGAGUAAAGUGGUCUACCAGCAGGAGUUGGAUAAAAGUGGCUACGGCCGCAUCACUACGGAAAUCCUUGAAGGCCAGCACUUCUUCUACGCUGAGGACUUUCACCAGCAGUACUUGAAGAAAGUUCCUAUCCGCCAUUGUGCUGUGAAAGGUACUGGUGUCAAGUGUCCCGUUGGAGCCAGAACGACAGAAGCCUCAUAGGAAAAGGUGUGGACCGGGGCACAGGUGCAGGUGCAACCUCUGAGGGCCUAUUUUAAUAUUGGGACAGAUAUUUUUGCAUGUGCCUGCGUGCAGUGUGUGCGUGUGCGUGUGUCUCUCUGUGUGUAUGUGUGUCAUGUGUAAAGUUGUGGCUUGCUUGAUGGAACCGCGUUGAGCGGUGUGUGGUUGUGUCAGCUAGCUGUUUUCUAGACCUGCUGUCAUUUUUUGCAGGCUGUUGUUUUUGACAUGUGCAUGAAAAGAUAAGCUUUUCAUGAAGUGAUUUUUAUUUCCUGAUGGCUUGAAACACAAAAGACAUAUAACAGCUGGGUUUUGUUUCAUUCAACACCUGAGAGCUAACGCCUCCCAUGACACUAAGUCCUAAACCAAACCCAGGCUCGAGCUAAAAAUGACUUAACUUGUUUUUAACGUUGAAAUGAUUGAUGAUUGAAAGUCUAAAUUACCUAAAGGAUGACUAGGAAUUUGUUCCUAUUUACCAUCAUAGUACUAACUUCCUGCUAGCAAAAAAUAGCAUAACAUUAGUACAGAAAAUUGAUAAAGAGAACUUAAGCUUAGGGUCAAAACAGCUAAAUA